AUUUUUAAUAAGCUAAAUUGCAUUUAAAUAAGUGAUACAAUAAAAAUGAUGUGUGAAAUAUUUUAGACGUCGGUGAUAAAGUGUUUUGAAUAUCGCCAAAUAUUAAAAAUGUUGAAGGAAAGCAUGUAUGGAAAAAUUAUUGUUAUUUUUAUACAGUUCGUGUUAAUAUUCUCAAGGGAUGUGAGUGAGAGCGAACGAGCUACCCGGGCGGCGUUUAUACAGCGAUUCUUGAAUAAACAGAAAAAUUUAGAAGGAAGAGUUAAGCUCCUCGGAGGUUCCAAUAUAUUUGAAGGUAAUGCAUACAUUUAUCAUGCUGGCCGAUGGGGUGCAGUAUGUGAUGACUCAUGGGAUAAUGCAGCUGCCCACGUUGUAUGCAGUGCCUUUAAUAGAACUGGCAUCGCUACACAUGGUGGUCAAUUUGGAGAAGCUAAUGAAAAAUAUUGGAUGGAUGACGUAGUGUGCGAAGGAAAUGAAAAAUCUUUAUCGCGGUGCGUGUUUUCUGGGUGGGGAAUAUCAGACUGUGAACAGAGUGAAGCUGCUGGUGUCAUAUGUAAAGACAUUCUCGAAAAUAGUGUGCCAAUUAAUAUUAAAAAGGAACCAAAUAAACUCAUACAUGAAGCUGUUAAUGUAAGAAGUGUUAGUUUAAGACUUGUUGGAGGCAGAAACGCAAACGAAGGCAGAGUUGAGAUCUAUCAUAAUGGAAUAUGGGGUAGUAUUUGUCCAGAUGGCUGGACUCUCUAUGAGGCAUCUGCGAUCUGCCACCAUUUGGCUCUUGGCUUCGCUGAACAGGCAUUGCGAACAAAUUACUUCGGCAGUUCUAGGAUUAUCUUAAGUGGUGUUCAAUGUGAAGGAAAUGAAACUAACCUCUUCAUGUGCAAGCAUAAAGACUUCGGGGAUGUCGUUUGUCCAGGGGAUGCAGGUCAUGUAGCUGCUGUAGUUUGCACUCGGUAUUUAGCUGAUCUAUACCUCGAUGCAACAACUAUAGAACGAACGUCCCAUCUUCAAGAUGUGCCGAUGUUCCAACUUCAGUGCGCGAUGGAGGAGAACUGCCUUAGCAAAUCCGCAUACGAGAUUCAGAAAACCAACCCGAACUGGCAGUUUGAAACGCGACGACUACUUCGCUUUACAGCGUCUUCUCUGAACAUUGGUAAUGCAGAAUUCAGACCAUAUUUACCUAAACAUCUUUGGCAAUGGCAUCUUUGUCACAUGCACUAUCACAGUAUGGAAGUUUUUGCAACAUUCGAUAUAUUGGAUUUAAAUGGUAAACGAGUCGCUGAGGGCCACAAAGCAUCGUUUUGCUUAGAAGACAACACUUGCCUUCCUGGCGUAGACCGUAAAUACUCGUGCAAAAAUUAUGGUGAUCAAGGGGUCUCCGUGAACUGUUCAGAUGUGUAUCAAUACAAUAUUGAUUGCCAAUGGGUGGAUGUAACUGACGUGAAGCCUGGAGAUUAUACUUUCAAAGUAGCGAUUAAUCCUCAUGCGCGAGUUGCAGAACAGAGCUUUCACAACAACGCAGCUUUGUGUGUGCUACGCCUUACAGAUUCAUACGCUUUCGUGCACGGAUGUACAAUGCAAAGACCUUAAUUGUUUUUGUUUAUUAUCAGUUAUAUAUACUUGUAUACAUACACCCUUAGAUAUAUAAUUCCAGUUUUGUUAUAAAACUAAUGAUUAUUACUUGUAAGUAGAUAGAUGUUAGAGAAAAACACAUUUUUUCACGCAGGCUCCCUCUUACUACCCGGUACAUGGGUUUCUGGGGGAGACGGGUUACAAUAUCUACUAAAACCACUGCGAUAGCCAUCUUCAGCAUGCAUCGGAGACGCUACAGGAUUGUUCUAAAGUUACGCAUCCCGUACUGUGCGGUAACUCUGUGGGGCUAUUGUCAGGAGUUCCUUAGCGGUCGUCUUUAGAGAGUCAUCGACCAUACGACACCGGUAUAAAGAUGGCAAAUCAAAAUAUCCUUCGUUAAAAUACGCCUUCAUGUAUCAAAACCGACAUUGUUGUUGUUUUUCAAAAUACCAUAAAGCUAUCGGUUAUAGUAACACUUUUUUUUUAAUAAUUAAAAUAUAUUUCAAUCACUAACGGCGUUCUAACUGAUUUCGCUCUUUCUGUCAUUAUAGAUGUGACAUUUGAAAGAAAAAGACAGCAUUGUUUUACUAAUCACCCGCUACAUAACGUUUAUAAUUAAGGCUGUAAGCAUUAAAAAAUUAAAGCUUGGUUACUAAUGUUAUUCGUACAGACAAAAUAUUCGAUGUGUAAAUGAACUACUCAC